CAAUAGAGUGUUUUGUUUGAUAUGGAGUGCUGGAGUCAGAAGCUUCAAACCUGCUGCUCGAUUACAGUCUGUACAGAUUGUGGCUCGUCAACAACUGUUGGUAAUCGUGAGGAGAUUACGAGAGUGCAGCAGGCACAUUGAACCUGGAUGAAAGCAUUUUAACCGUGGAAGAAGAUUUCAAAUAAUCCCUGAUUUAUUUGAUGGGAAAGGCCUAGCAAACACUGGAAUCUGAUCUCACCUCAAAAUAUGUAGCGUUCUGCAAAGAAAUGUAUUCCAGCUGUACUUCAAGAGCAAUGUCUCCCUCAAUACUUUACAAGGCACCACUUCUGCACUGUUCACAGGCUUUGUCUAAAAACUCUUACAACAUUUUAAAUGCAUUUUGCACAGAGGAAAAUAUUGUUCAGUGCAUUUCAUACAUCAAUCAAGAAAUGUCUUCACUUAGUUUCCCCACUAUUGAUAAUGGAUCCAAUGGAAAGACAGACCUGAACCUGGUGUCUGUGUUGAAUGCGAUGUACAAGCUUUUUCAGCUCUGGCGUAAAAGCAUGUGCACUGUGGAAGACAUGGAGAAUCAGAAGCUCAAGUCCAGUAGUGACUUGGACCAUCUACAGAGCAGCCAUUCAAAAGUAAAGGAACAACUUGAAUUGUGUGUAAGGGAAAAUAAAGCACUUCAAGAAAGAGACCGCCAGCUACAACUGAAGAAUAAGAGCUUGCAUAAUUGCUUAAAAAAUGAGAGAGAGGAGAUACAGAAACUUCAGUAUAUAAUUGCAAGCCGUGCUACACAGUAUAACCAUGAUAUGAAGAGGAAAGAAAGAGAAUAUGGUAAACUAAAAGAACAUUUACAUCAGCUAUUGAUGGACAAAAAGGAUAAAAAGCUAGCCAUUGAAGUAUUAAAUUAUGUUGGAAGAUCUGAUGGGAAGAGGAGUGUCUGGAAAACUGAGAAGGCCGAGGCCAGGAAUGAAGGGGAAAUGUACAAAGUUCUUCUUAGUGACUAUGAACAUCGGCAGAAAGACCUAAUGAUGGAAAAUGCAGAGCUCAAGAAGGUUCUUCAGCAGAUGAAGAAGGAGAUGGUCUCUAUUUUAAGCCCCCAAAAGCACGGCAUGAAAGAGAGAAUUGAAGACAGCCUAGAACAAGCUGUAUCUGACGAUGAGGAGGAUGCCAGUGAACACGGCAGAGAGAAUAUUUCCCUGGAGCUGUCCUGUGAAGAUGCCCGGGAGCAGCUCACCAACAGCAUCCGGCAGCAGUGGAGAAGGCUAAAAAAUCAUGUGGAGAACCUUGAUAAUAAAGCUUCCCUGGUCCAGAUGGGGGCCCCGAAUGAAAAGGAUCUAAUUUCCAGAGAUGUUCACGAGGAAGUAAUUGAAAAGCUGAAACUAGAAAUUCAGCAGUGUAAAGAUUUAAUUACAAACCAACAGCAGCUUUGGCAGCAACAGCUUAGCUGUCCCUUUGAUGAUGAGGCUGGAGCACUGCUCCGUGACUGUUAUCUCGUGGAGGAGAAGGAAAAAUUAAAGGAGGAAUGGAGGCUUUUUGAUGACCAGAGGAAGAACUUUGAAAGAGAGAGACAAAAUUUCACAGAAGCUGCAAUCCGAUUAGGACGCGAGAGGAAAGAAUUUGAGGAAGACCGAGCAACUUGGUUGAAACAUCAGUUUUUAAACAUUACUCCUUUCGUAGAUCGCAAGAAGCCACACGCUUCAAAGUCACACAGUGCCUUGUCUACUGAUGUUUAUAAUAAUAAUUCUUAACCAGUAUGUUGCGUCAUGUUGGUGAAAUCCUGGGCCCAUUCUGUCUUGCAUAUUUCCAUCUGCUCAGACAGAUUGGAUACACAAUGCUUCGCUACAGUUUUUUUUUCAGAUCAGUGGAAAGCAUUUCUAUUGGAUUAAUCUGGUUAUUUUAUUUAUUUAUUUAUUUAUUUAUUUAUUUAUUUAUUAUUAUUAUUAUUUUUUAUGAUUCUUGAAUGCAAAGAUCAAUUCUGGAUUGUCCUUCACGGCGUUGACAGCCAUAUGCUUUGGGUUGUUGUGUUGGAACAUUCUACCAAUCGGCCUACAAGCAGAUGGUAUCAUUGUACUUUAAAGAUCAAAUUAAUGUAGCCAUGUAUCAAAACACUCUACAAUUGCAUUAAAGUCUCCAGUCCCUGAACUGUUAACUCCCCCCUAUCAUGAUUGCACCAUCUCCAUGUUUAACUGUAGCUACAAGGUUUUCUUCAUUUUG